AUGCCGUCCAACGCCCCACCAACGCAAGGGUGGGCGGACUCUAUGCUAGGGUUGGACGCGUCAAUAGCCGCUGCGAGUGCAGGUGCCUGUUGCGCACUCACAGGCGAAGUUGACAAGCGCGUCAAGGCACUCACAGUGUGCCAGGAAGGUUGCCGCUGUCAGCCUCUGGCCAAGUUGCCUAACACCUCCUUAGACAAGUUGCUGUUGCAGGUUGUCUACACAGGCGAGUUCCUGGGUCAUUGCCUGCUAAUCCCAAAGGCCCAGCGGGGAAACUGCGCCGAAACGGAACGCGUCCGAGCCGCGAAAUUCUGUGUGGCGUCGCUCGCCGGCGCUCGCAUUCUGCGCUACGGCGAUCAGACACGAUGGCAAGCAGCUUCCGUCGCGCACGAAACUCGUCGAGUUUCGUCAACAACAACAGCAAUCAUCCGUUUCCCCAAGCUCUCGAUGGGCUGCCAGACGUCGAAGGACGUCUUGCCCAACAGCCCCAGGGAACACGAGCACGAGCAGCGCCCCAGCCUUAGUCAGAUCUUCCUGCAUGCCGCCUCUAAGCAACAAGCCCGCGACGAGAGCGGCGUGGGCGCCCGCCGAGCACCCACCACGGACUCGCACCGCGACGUCUUUAGCAUCUUUGGUGAGCACGGAAUGACACUCGAAGCCGUCGCAUCUCCUUCGGCCAGCAACUGCUCACCUGCCAGUCCGAGUGGCAGCAUUUUCUCCACUGCCACUACUGCCUCUGAUACGGAGCGCACACUGGUGCUGCACCGACCUGCAGGCCAGUACUUCCCGCAACUCCGCGUGAGUUACGGCAAAUAUUCCGACACGGGCAUUCGCAAGAACAACGAGGACAGACAGGCCACCACAUCACGGAAAGUGGACGACGACCUCGUUGCCUUCUUCGGACUGUACGACGGCCACGGAGGACCCGAAGUGGCCGAGUAUCUGGCCGAAAAGCUACACGAAAACGUCUAUAAUCACGUUCAAAAAUCCACGAACAAGCCGGAAUCUGCGCGUAGUUUGCAGCCCGCUGACAUUGUACUGGCCGAUGCUAUCCGGACAGCAUACGCCGCCACAGAUGAAGAAAUUUUCAAGCAACAAUUGCCUAGUGGAUCCACCGCAGUGUCAGUAGUGAUUCGCGGCUCCACGGCCCUCGUAUCUUCUGUAGGGGACUCCCAAGUCGUGUUGUCUACGAACGGACAGGCCAAGGAUAUGUGCAUCGCCCACACCCCUGAUCUUUCCAGUGAACGCGACCGAAUUCUUAAAGCUAAAGGGCAGAUCUCGAAAGGCCGCAUUUACGGAAUGCUUGGGGUGUCAAGAGCGUUCGGAGACAUCGACUUUAAGACCGGACGAGGAGAAUUCAAGAACAGAUUCAACGGAGACCUGGUGUGCGCCACCCCCGACAUCGUGGUCCACGAGGUCAAGAGCCAGGACGAGUUCAUGGUGCUCGGCUGCGACGGUCUGUACGACGUCAUGGAACCUCAGGACGUCGUGAACUUCGUGCGUGCCAAGUUGGGGCUGCAUGGAGACGUGCAACACGCAACUGAAGAGCUUGUGAGCCACGCCAUCGCUCUCGGAUCCACUGACAAUGUCAGCGCCAUCAUUGUGUGCUUCAACCAGGACGAGCAGGAGGCCGUGCCUGUGACGCCCAUCGAGGCGGCGCAGGCGGCUGAGGCUCAGAAGAAGCGGGCAGCCUCUGCAGUUGACUCCGUGUGAAACCCAGUAUUCUAUUCAUCUAUCAAAGUCAAGCCAAAGCGACGUCCGACAACAGGCAACAACCAGCCUACACAUGUAUCAUAGAAAAAGGCAACGCUGUUGCCUCCAAACCCAUG